AUGAUCAAGAAAUGUAUCACAUACGAGGGUGAAUUACUACCCUUUCAUCAAUUUGACAUGGAUGUUGGCUAUGAUACGGGUCUGGAUCGUGUUUUUGUUAUUUGGCCAAUAACAGUUUGUCAUGAAAUUGACGAAAACAGCCCGCUGUAUGAAGUAAGCAGAGAAAGUCUGAGCACAGCGCGAUUCGAGAUUAUUGCUAUUCUGGAAGGUGUUGUGGAAUCAGUGGGCUCCACGACGCAAGCACGAACCAGUUAUCUGCCAAAUGAAAUCUUGUGGGGAAAACGAUUUGAAAAACUGGUGACUUAUCAACGCGAGAACGGCGAGUAUAGAAUUGAUUUUGGAAAAUUUCAUAAUGUUUAUGAUGUGGAUACACCAUCUUGCUCGGCAAAAGAGCUUGACAAAAUGCGGGAUCUUGGCCUGAAACCGGAGAAUGCUUACCAGAUUGUGCCAGAUCUGAGUAAUUCAACAGCAAGUUCUCCAGUUGUUGCAAUUCAUCCAAAAGGCUCUAGCCCGCGACUGUCGUUUUUGUCCAGUACGAGGGAUAAUGGUAUAAUUCAUCACUCAGUCAAGGUGGAAACUGACGAUGAGGACAACGAUCAAACAAUCCAUGUGGAUGUUGGUUUAAGGCAUAAGCGGUCGCUGCUGAUGCGCGCUCAGAGUCCCGAUUUUGCGGCUCGUCAUAAGCAGUCAAUCAGACGAGGCCCAGACCUAUUUUAG